CUCUGCUCUUAUAUUAAUGCCCAAGUUGUCGCACUUUAAUGCAGUUCUCAGAUUUCCUCUCUCUCAGUUCGGAUCCUUUCUGCAUUUGAUACAAUGAAACUGGUAUAUGUGUACUGUUCUCUGCUGAUAGCAGCCAGACAGGCUGUAGAGGCUUUUGGCAGUGGCCCGUCUGGGGUUCUGGAGAAGGAGUCUGGAGUUUCCAGCUGUUCCCAGGUGAGACUGAAGCCAUCAGGGCAGUGUAAAGAUGAGGAAGAGUGUCCGUACCAGCUCACACUGCCACCGCUGACCAUCCAGCUUCCCAAACAAUUCCGACUACUUGAGAAGACCAUGAAGGAACUGCAGAGCUUGAAGGAGACAGUAAACAGAUUGAAGAGCUCCUGUCUGGAGUGCAACUCACAGAAAGUGGACCUUAACUUGCAGAAGGACAGUGGAGAUCCCCCGGCUGGGAGCACAGAGCACAGUAGAGGGGACACUAGCACAAGAGUCUACUGGAAUGGGAAUGACAGCAAUAAUAACAUUGUACAGGAUAUGCAGGUGAAGAUGAACCGAAUGUCUAACAGCCUGAAGAACGCACGGGUGCAGAUUAACUCCCUUCAGGGUCGUCUGGAGGAGCUUAACCUUCUCAAUUUGCAGAACGUGGAGGAUAUAGUUGACAGAAAAGUUGAGAACAUCACCGGGAUGGUCAACAAAAUCGGCAGCACCUGCACUUCACAAUGUGCAGUUCAGCAUCAACUUCAGCACAUCACAAACAUGACUCCCAGAGACUGCUCUGACAUCAGUUUGCUGGAGCAGAGGACAAACGGAGUGUACCUGGUGACCCCUGACCCCAGGAACGGCAGCUUUCCAGUGUACUGCGACAUGGAGUCAUUUGGUGGUGGAUGGACGGUCGUGCAGCGGCGAAUCAACGGCAACGUGAGCUUCAACCGCACCUGGGCCGAAUACAAGAAGGGCUUUGGUGACCUGGAUAGGGAAUUCUGGCUGGGCAAUGACAAAAUCCACCUGCUCACCAAAGCCAAAGACAUGGUUCUUCGCAUUGAGCUUGAAGACUUUGAGGGCACACGUGGGUAUGCCAAGUAUGAACAGUUCUACGUGUCAAAUGAGUUUCUCCGUUAUCGACUGUCGGUGAGCGGAUACACAGGGACGGCUGGGAAUGCUCUGCAGUUUAGCAAACACUUCAACCAUGAUCAGAAGUUCUUCUCCACACCAGACAAAGACAACGACAUGUACCCCUCAGGCAAUUGUGGGGCGUACUACGGAUCGGGCUGGUGGUUUGAUGCCUGCAUGUCAGCAAAUCUCAAUGGCAAAUACUACAAAACAAAGUACAAGGGGAAGAGGGAUGGGAUCUUUUGGGGCACAUGGCACAACCAGACUACAGAGUACUAUCCGACGAACUAUAGACAGGCAUUUAAAAAUGUCAAAAUGAUGAUAAGGCCAAAGAAUUAUGCCCCCUAAGCCAACUGAUGAAUUAAUGCAAAGAACAAUUAUUUUUGGUACUGUUACACACCUUCCAACAUGGAAAAUGUAUUACAGUUUAGCAUGAUGAUGCAAUGCCAUAAAACCUAAAGAAAACAUAAAAAUGACAAUUUAAACAACUUUACUACUCAAAUAAUACAUGAGUUUUAACAAAAGAAUUAAUGUAAGUGCUUUUAUAAAAUUAUUCUUUAAACCCUCCAAAAAUGGGCCCCAUUCAUUUCUGCUGUUAGUGCCUCACUGUAAUCUCGAUUUUUGCCUUUUAUUUUUUAAGGAGGGAUGAUUUGAAAUGAAUGUUUGUGGUAAUCUAUAUUAUGCCACAAAGUCUGUCGAAUGAGCUUAACUUGUAUUGAACCCAGUAAAUUCCUUUAACAAAACUGCAAUCAAAGAAAAAGAAAAAAACUCUUUAUUACAAGCAUAUUUGGUCUGUUUCACAAACAAAGCAAAUGGAUGUACAAUCCAGCUUCUACUAAGAAGUUACAGAAUCAGGACAUUGUUUAAUGGUUUUCAUUCUUUUUUCAUGUGUAUGCUACUGCCAUCUUGUGUUCAAUUGUUUACUAUAACAGCCUUUAAAGACCCUGUGAAAUCAAAAUGAAAGUUUUGCUGCUUUUAGUCCAUAUCUAUUAGCUUUAGGGUCAUCUAUAUGCCAGUGUACUUCUAAAGGUUGACAAAAUUCAUUUUCAGAAGAUAUAAGCAUUUAAAUUCUGCAGUCUCACUCUUCCGGCUAGAAAGACACAGUCAAAUCAUGAUGUCAAACUGAACUAAAGAAACUUUGUCCAAUUAAAUGCGUUCUAGAAUGAGAAGGCACCGGCCCCAUUGAUCUGCUCACCACACAUGGCUGUGUUCUCACCUGCGCUGAUGGUUCCUUCACAGGGUACUUCAAAGAGAGCAAAAUCCAUGUUGUGGGGUCUUUCCAAACAGAAUUUCCAAUAAUAAUCACUGUAUAAGUGAGUUGUGAUUGACCGUUAUCACCUUUCAGCGCCAUGAAGCCCUCAGAGUGGACGGUAAUUGUCUUUGAAGGGAAUAGGGCAUAUGGACUAUCACCUCUAAUUGGAACACAUUUGCGGGAGUUAGACGCGAAGAAAGUGUCUGAAAUUUAUAUGUAAUGCAGACGUUUUUCAGAGGUUUCUUGGAAUGUACAUCAUGAGUACGUUUUAUUUGCUCUUUCUGUUUAGUGUAGUGUGACUCAAAACAUUGAUAUGUUGUAAUGUUUUAUUCACUUGUUUCUGAUUGAUCUUCAUGACUUGCAGAACAGCUCCUGCCUCGUCAUUAGUGAAGUCCGCGAUGCACUGUUUUAGUUUGUAACGGGGUCCGUUUGAUCACUGUUCGGAUCUCAAGUCUGUGGAAAAGCGUCCGAACUAGGUUCAGAUCACUCCGUUUCUGUACAGUUUCACUCUAACAACAGCACGGUGGACAGAGGAAUGUGUGUGUGUGUGUGUGUGUGUAUGACUGUGCAUAUUGGCUAUUUUAAAAAAUGGCACGAGCCGUUCAACAAGUCCCACCCCAACUUCAUGUUUCAGUAGGAAAUAUGUCAACAGUGUAAAGUAAGCUGUUCUUUUCAAGACACUUCACGGAGACUUUAAGAAAACAAUAAAGAUGUAAGGUUCAACUAGAAAAUGUACAGUAUUUAUUUUUGAAAGAAUGGAAAUAAUUUUGAAAUACUUUUUUAAAGUAUUGCUGUUUGACUAUAGGCAUGACCUUACUUAAUGUUAGAAAUAGCAGCAACAGCUUUGGCAUUCUUCCUUUUCUGAAAUUUAUUUAGUGAACACAGUGUUUUUAAUCAUUCUUAUAUUUUAAGAAACUGUUUGUAUAUUGGUGCAUUUCUAUCAGACAUCUUAAUUUGUGUUUUUAAAGGUACAUUAAUCUUUUGUAUUAAUAUAAUAAAAAUGUGACAAAACUUUAA